GAAGAAAAAUCAGCGGAGUUAGUGGGGGGAAUCAUGAUGAAGGCUGCCAUUGGCAAUCUUUGAAUCUCGAGAAUCACACAGACCAGUUUGACUAAUCAGGAGAUUCAAACCCCAUGUCCCUCUGCUUGUCCCCAUGCACUCAAGACCCAUUUGCCUUUAUUUGGCGUGCUUCACCAGUAGAUUUUUAACAACCAUUUGCCUUUAUUUGAAGCUUCUCGUCUUCUUAACAUAUGGCGCUGUGUGGUUGAAUCUGAAUCAGAGAAGCUUCUUCUGUUGUUUCAUUCGAUCAGUUGGGGCUUUGUUUGGUGCUCUGCAGCUGUUUUCCCGUUUCCCUCUUUUUCUGGGGCUCCUCAGUUGGAUACUGCAGACCGAUGAAAAGAGAAGGCAAUUCUUGAAAUGAAGUUUAUGAAAUUGGGAACCAGGCCUGACUCCUUCUACACAGAAGCUGCUACCAGGACGGUCAUUUCCAAUGUCCCAGGCAAUAUUGUUAUACGCAUCGACAAUGUCAGUUACCUUCUCCACAAGUUUCAGCUUCUCCCGAAGUGUGGUCUCUUGCAGCAUCUCUGCCCUGACAUGGGUGAUUCUAACAUUGCCACUAUUGAGCUUCAUGACGUUCCAGGAGGUGCAGAAGCUUUUGAGCUGUGUGCAAAGUUUUGUUAUGGAAUGACCAUUAAUAUCAGUGCUCAUAAUCUCGUACUCGCACUCUGUGCUGCUAAGUUCCUCCGCAUGACUGAAGCAGUGGAGAAGGGAAAUCUUGUUCUGAAGCUCGAGGCCUUUCUCCACUCGUGCAUUCUUGUUGGCUGGAAGGAUUCCAUUGUUACCCUACAAAACACAGUGAAGUUACCUGACUGGUCCGAGAAUCUUGGAAUUGUCAGAAAGUGCAUUGAUUCAAUCGUUGAGAAAAUUCUAACGCCACAUUCCAAGGUAUCAUGGUCCUACACUUAUACAAGACCAGGUUACACAAAAAAGAACAAUCAAAGUGUCCCAAAAGAUUGGUGGACUGAGGAUUUAUCAGAUCUUGACAUUGAAUUGUUCCGUUGCAUAAUUUUGGCUGUUAGAUCCACAUACAUUCUACCGCCACAACUUAUUGGAGAAGCCCUGCAUGUCUAUGCCUGUCGUUGGCUACCUGACACCAGUAAGGCCAAGCCCUCAGAGAACAAGAUUACUCAAAGCAAAGAAGAUCUGGAAAACAGUCGACAAAUUCUUGAAAAAAUAGUCAGUAUGAUCCCUUCAGAUCGGGGAUCGGUUUCAGUUGGCUUCUUGCUCAGGCUCCUUAACAUGUCAAACUAUCUAGCUGUGUCAUCGACGACAAAAAGUGAAAUAAUUAGAAGAUCAAGUCUGCAAUUUGAGGAAGCAAGAGUUAGUGACUUGCUCUUUCCUUCACAGUCAACCUCCAGUGCACACUUCUACGAUGUCGACUCGGUUGUGGCGGUGUUGGAAUGUCUUCGAGCUCUGUGGCGGAGGCAAUACUCAGGGGCUGCAGAAAACACUCAUUUCUUGACAUACGUUAGAAAGGUGGGGAAGCUCAUCGAUUCAUACCUUCGGGUGGUUGUGAUGGAUAUCAAUAUGCCUGUACCUAAAGUGAUACAACUUGCUGAAGCCCUACCAGAUAUUGCUCGCCCCAACCACGACGAUCUCUACAAGGCAAUAAACAUGUAUCUCAAGGAACACCCUGACAUAAGCAAGGCAGAUAAGAAGCGCCUUUGUCAAAUUCUUGACUGCCAAAAGUUAUCAUCAGAAGUCCGUGCACAUGCUGUAAAGAACGAGCGACUACCUUUAAGAACUGUGGUGCAGGUGCUGUUCUUUGAUCAAGAGAAAGGCUCAAAGGUAACAAGCUUCACACCCACAGCAAAACAGCUGAUUUCUGUCGAAAAACAGGCGGCAGUCACCAGUGACGACAAUCAUGGUAAGCUAAAACCAGAGCUCGACAACGGCAUCGGCAUCGGCAUCGAUAGAGAAGUAAGAGAAAGAAAGGCCUUGUCUGAAAGCAGUGAGAGGGAUGAACAUAGAACAAAAAGAGCAGCAGAUGUGAAGCUGCCAGUUGAGAGGGAAAGGAAAGAUGACAGAUCAGAAUUUGAUGUGAAGUCAGUGAAGAGUAACAAAAUCAAGGAACUCAAGUCAGAUUCUAAGAGGAUGGUAUCAAAGGGAAGCAGAUCAGAUCAUGGUGGUGAACAAAGACAGAUCAAAAGAUGAAGGCAAACCCUGUUCUUUUGGAACCUGUUUAUUUAUGUUUUCAUAGCUAUGAUAUUGGGACCUCUCUUUGUCAAUUGAUCAAUUGCCAAUUUUCUAUCUAUUAAACACUAAUUAUGUUAAUAUAA